ACCCAUCUUCAUCCACUACUACUCCCUUUACCUAAAUCUUCAGUACGUACGGUGGUCUUUUUUGCAUUAAAGCUCCAAAAAUGGCGGCUCUGUCCACAUCCUCCCCCAUGCUCAACGUUGACUCAAACUCUCCCGACGUUGACAAGCUCUCCUACGAAAUCUUCUCCAUUCUCGAAAACAACUUCCUCUUCGGCUACAACAACAACGGCAGCAGCGGCGCCAACGAAAACCCAACAGCCCAAAACCUCCUCUCCGACCCCAAACCCACCAAUCUCUCCACUCCCCUCCAUCACAUGCAUUCUAGCAAACACUUCACAGGCAAGGUCCGCGUCCUCGCCAUUGACGCCGCCGGGGCCACCGACGGCCUCCUCGCCGCCAACUCCCUCGCCCAUCUCGAGUCAUCUCUCCGCCGCAAGUCCGGCAAUCCCAACGCCGCCAUCUCCGACUUCUUCGAUGUCGUUUCCGGGUCGGGCUCCGGCGGUAUUCUCGCCGCUCUCCUCUUCACCCGGGGGUCUAAGGACGGGUCGACCCGACCCAUGUUCACCGCUCAGGAGGCCCUCAACUUCCUCCUCGACAACCGCCGCAGGAUCUUCAGGUCGUCGCCGGGGGGGAUUUUCCGGCGGGUUUUCCGGCAGACGAGGGCGGAGAAGGAGAGGGAGAAGCUCUUCCGCAAGACGUUCGGCGACCAGCUGAGCCUCAAGGACACGCUGAAGUCGGUGCUGAUUCCGUGCUACGACAUGUCGUCCCGCGCGCCUUUCUUGUUUUCGCGGGCGGACGCGGUGGAGAUGGACGGCUACGAUUUCAAGAUGAAGGACGUGUGCGCCGCCACGUCGGCGCAGCGGGCAGUGGAGGUGAGGUCGGUGGACGGGAGGACGAAGAUCAUGGCCGUCGAUGGGGGGAUCGCGAUGAACAAUCCGACGGCUGCGGCAAUUACUCACGUGCUGAAUAAUAAGCAGGAGUUUCCGUUCUGCAAUGGGGUUGAGGAUCUGUUGGUUGUGUCUCUCGGAAAUGGAGAGUCAGAGCUCGGAAAUUUGUCCCCUUCUGGCUGCCUCAAAAUCGCCGGUGAAGGAGCUUCCGACUUGGUUGAUCAAGCUGUUUCCAUGGCGUUUGGACAAUCUCGCGCAGGCAAUUAUGUCCGCGUGCAAGCCAACGGCAUCAUAUCGAAAAUGCAUGGAGGUCUGCAAGCCUCAAACAAGAACAAGAACAAGAACAAGAAGAUAGACAUGUUGGCCUUGACAGAGGAAAUGUUGGCACAGAAAAAUGUGGAGGCCGUGCUAUUCAAAGGCAAGAAAAUGGUGGAGAGCACAAAUGUGGAGAAGCUUGAGAUGUUUGCUGGGGAGCUGAUUAAGGAAGAAGAGAGGAGAAAAACUUGCUUCUUGCCAACUGUGGUUUUGAAGCAGACUUGUUCAACAUCGCCUAGCAGAACAUCAUCUGCCACAACCCUAUCAACCAUGUCAUCUUCAUGUUAAAUUAAUUAGUCUUAAUUACUACCUUAAGCAUUCGCAGCCGGUCGGGAUGAUUGAGAUUAAGCAUCCGAGUCUGAGCUGAGCUGCUGAGUUUGAGAAUUUGGGGUUUAAGUUUUUUUUUGCUAGCUGAUGAUCAUAAAGUGUAUAUUUAUGGUAGAAGGGGGUUUGCAAUGUGUAUACGAGUUAAGUAUGAAGGCAAGGCAAGUAGUGGCAAAGUGUAAUCAAUUGAA